CAAUUGUGGUCAGUGAAGGGAAUCCGCUUCGAUUGUUAUCACACAAUAAAAAAACGAACGAUUUCGCCUUGUGGGAUAAACAUUUUUUUUCUCAUCAUUUGCUGCGGCUACAGAGAGCUUUGUUCUGCGGGUUGGCACACGUCAUCGGGCGAAUUCUAUUCGUCAUAAUUUGCGUUUUCCAGGGAAUGUCGAUGACGUUGCAUCAACUAUAAACAUCCUUUUGCGCAAUAUUUCAAGCAGUCAUCUCCAAUUCCAACAGUGGAUGGAUGAUUACGUAUUCAUCCGUGACUAUAUUACAAGGCGUUUUAAAAUACGUAAAUUCGUAACAACGCAGGCGUUUCUGGUCAAACGGAGGCGUUUCUGGCCUUUCAUAUAAAGGUGGUGAUCGGUGAAACAUGAUAGAAUCAUACUACAAAAGAAUUGUGUGAAUGGGUGUAUAAUAUGAUAUGCCAUUAUUUGUCAAGACUCAACUAUCAAUUGUGUUUACAUACGCGACAAAAUUGCAUUUAUGAACAUGCUAAUUAUUAUUGGCUAUCCAGUGGCUAGUCUAAAGCGGGUGCAAUAAUAAAAGACGUGUCUACAUCAAAGAAUCGCAUCGACAAACAUUCUUUUAAAGUACAUCUUUCAUUUGGAAGUGCUAAUUUAUGACAGAGCAGGAAGCUGGCCAAGUUCCUGUACUUGUGGGGGUGUUUAAUAACGAUUUGAACUUCAUUUUGAAAGUAAACUCAAGCUAGUUUAAUAAAAACAUAGACGGUUUACAUUGAAUAUUAGGAGUUGAGUUAUUAUUAAGUGGAGAAGAUCUCUUCCUGUUAGGCAAAGGUGAAGGCAAUUUGGAAUUCACUAAGAUACGAUUUGACUUUGGCGUACUUUUUAAUUGAUGAUAAUAUGUUAAAAAGGGUAAUUUGUCUCGCGGAGUAAUACGAAAAGUACUUGGAAAAAUUCUUUGAUGCCUAUACUCACUGAUGUGGAAGAUUAUAUGCAAAUUAUUUCGAUAAAAACAACGAUAAUAUCCCCAACAGUGUUGUAAUGGCAGAAAUCUCAAGUGUAUUUUUUAUACUGUUGGAGUUUGUUGUCAUUUCAAUCGUCUUUGUUUGGUUUGCUUACAUCAUUUAUAAUAUACUUUACUAUCCAAGGAAAGCUUACAAUAUUCUUCCAACCAGGAUACGAAAUUGGUCGUUGCUGCGUAAACUAGGUGUCACGAAUAGGUCAAAUACUUUCGCCGAAAUUGAAGAUCGCUUUAGUUCCAUUGCCGAAAUCACGAAAGCGAUGCGAGCGAGUGGACUCAAAAAAGCGAAUCUUAUUAUUGGAAUUGACUUCACCGCAAGCAACGAGUGGCAAGGACGGAAAACAUUCGGCGGCCGCUCUCUACAUAAUAUCUCUAUAGAUCCAAAAUCUCAACGAAUUAAUAAAUGGAAUCCUUAUCAGAGAGUUAUCAGGGCUAUAGGCGAAGGAUUGCAAGAUUUAGACGAAGAUCACUUGAUCCCUGUAUUCGGAUUUGGGGAUGAACGGACCAAGGAUCACAGCGUGUUCUCGUUGAUGGACGAAUCGCCAUGCAAAGGUGUUGAAGAUGUUCUUGCUCGCUACACGAGAACAGUUGGCUCUGUUGCUUUAAGUGGACCAACAAGUUUCGCUCCUAUUAUUAGAAAGUCCAUCCAGAUCGUACAGCAAACUGGCAAGUAUCACGUUCUUUUGAUCAUCGCUGAUGGCAGGGUUGAGAAUGAACAAGAUUUUGAUACGAGAGCAGCGAUUGUCGAGGCAUCAAAUUAUCCAUUGUCUAUAGUAUUGGUCGGGGUAGGGGAUGGCCCUUGGGAGGUGAUGCAUGAGUACGAUGACAAAUUACCCCAAAGACGUUUCGAUAAUUUUCAAUUCGUGGAAUUCUUAGAAAAGAAGAGUUCCCGUUUCUCGCGUGAUGCCGAAGAGGAUUUCGCAGUCCAGGCUCUCAUGGAGAUUCCCGAUCAGUAUAGAGCUAUCAGGUCGCUAGGACUUCUGGGAAAGAAUGGCAGCGUGGACCUGAAUAAGAACGCGGGGACUGGUGUUGUGCGUCGCAAAAAAAUCAAGGAAAGUCGCCAGGUCAAUCAUGUUAUACGAAGAAAGAGCGUCGAGGGCGUUCUUGAAACGGAUUUGUGAAGUUGGAUUUAGCGCACACGCUCAUUCAAGUGUGGGUCACAACACGUCAACGAUCAUGAUAUCAUGAAUCAUUGUGGUUUAUGAUCAUGAUCAUGAUCAUGAAUCAUUGUGGUUAAUAAUUUAAUAAAAAUUAUUUCAGAAUUACAGAAUUAUACUUAUCAGUUAUCAUCAAAUCUGGGGUUCCAACCUUGGUAUAAUGAAGGCAAGGAUUGAUGAAUGUAUUUAAUGACAUUUAACACCUCCAGUUGCAUCCAUUGUAAUCUACUCUUCGAGUUUCGUCCAAUCUCCGACUUAAUAUUAUCAUCCAUCCAUGUGAUUUACCACAAUGAACUACUCCUAUUUACUCCUUUUCACUCCUAUUUCCCCCUCUUAUUUACUCCUUUCCACUCCUAUUUCCCCCUCUUAUUUACUCCUUUCCACUCCUAUUUUUCCCUCUUAUGAAGAACUCCUACUUACGUCUUUUCACUACUUAUCUUUUCAUCUUGAGGUGCAUCAAAAUUUGAUGAGUUUUUUUCUUGUAUUUACCGCACCGUGUAUGAAAUAGCCAGAGGGACAUAGCUUCUCAGUUCUCAUAUUUAUUUUAAAAUGGAAUUGUCCAACUUGUAUAUGAAAUUAAUAUUAUGAUUAUUUGUCAAUUAAUAUAACAAUAAAUGCAUUUAUACUUAAGUUACUUGCGCUUAUUUAUGUGUAAAUGCGGCGACGUUUGCCCGAAACAAAUACACUCAA